AUGAUGACGUCCGCUGCACUCGAGGAGCGCAUUGCCACCUACCUCGCCCGCUCCGUCGCGCUCGACUCGGCAUCGCUGCGCUUGCAGGUCCGGGAGGCCGUGCGCAUCCAAUCGCGCGUGCGCCAGCGAGCAGCGGUCCGGACCCGCGAGCGGCGGCGGGUCGAGCGGCAGCGUGAGCUCGAGGAGGAAGCUGAGGACAGAGCUAUGAUGGAAGUGGUGAGAGGGGACAUCACACGAGCUCACGAGAAGGCGAAGGAACAGGCAGAAACACGCGUGCUGGAGACAAGGGCGCGUCUUUCCGCGCGUCGGGCGUCCAAAGAGGAUGCCCUGUGGCAGGCUCGGACCUCUGAUGAGGCUCUGGUCGAGUCGGCGCUCGCCGCCGCCAAUCGUGCUCUCAGCGAACAGGACGCGGCCGCGGCUGAGCUGGCAAAAGCGCAGGCUCAACUUGACCGGGCAAAGGCCGAUGCGAUGGCGACCAGCGAAAGGCGGCACCUUUCCUUCGGGCAGAAGGAGGCUUCCUCUGAGGAGUCCGCCCAUGCGGCGGCGCAAGAGGCCAACGCGCGAGCCGAGCUCGAGCUCGCCAAGGCCGACUACGCAAAGGCAAAGCGCGAGCGUGUAGCAGCCAGCCUGGUUCAAAACCCAUCUGCGGUGGCAGCCGCGAGGAAGGCUGCGGACGAGGCGGGGCCCCGAAGAGCCGAGGAGCUCAGGGCGCGGCAAACUGCGGCGGCGGCAGAACGGAAGCGGCUCGGGGAGCUGCGUGCAGAGGCCGAUGCGGCUGAGGCGGCUGCCUCUGACGCCGAGAAGGCGCGUGACGAAGAGAGCAGUCAGCUAUGGGAGGCGUCAGAGGCCGCUGAGCAGUGCACAAAGGCAGAGCAAGACCAGCAGCAGUCGGCGCAUGCAGCAGCCGAGGGGCGGGAAGCGAGUCUGGGCGCGAUGCGGGACGAGGCGGCGCGCCUGCGAAGUCAGGAAAUCCGCCUCUCAGCGACCGAGCAAGACCUGCGAGACGUGGCGGGCGCAGAGAAGCGCACUGCCGGUGCGGCAGCCGAUCGCCGGAGCGCAUCUGAGGCGAGCCUGCGUCUGGCGCUCGACAAUGCCCACCGUGCGACGAGGCUGGGACUACUCGAGGCCAAAGAUGCAGCAAACAAAGAGGGCGAGGUGGUCGAGCACGGCAGGGGCGAGGGGCUACGGCACCACAUUCCGACGAGACUCCCUUUCCUCUGCGCGACUGUUGAAACCGACUUGUCGGCGCUGUCCCUCUAG